UGGAAAAGCCAGAGAGAAAACCAAAAAAAAAAAAAACCAAAAAUACAAAAAGUCACCACCUGCUCCCGUAUAAGAUCAGCUUCUAAUUGUCAAAGUCUUAUCCCUUCUUUUGCUUAAAUUGUUGCUUGAAACAAUCAUAUCUUUAUGGCAGAUUCUGGUGACUAUCCUCUCUACAGCUGCAGAAAUUGCAGAAAUGCUCUUGCCUUCCACUCUGAUCUUAUUUCUAAAUCUUUUGUGGCAAAAUCAGGGCAAGCAUAUAUGUUCUCUCAUGUGAAGAAUGUUAUUUUGGGUAGAAAACAAGAUAAGCAGUUGAUUACUGGACUCUUCACUAUUGCUGAUAUUUACUGUAGCGUUUGUGGAGAGGAAUUGGGUUGGAAAUAUGUUAGAGCUUUUGAUCUUAAACAAAGGUACAAGGAAGGUCAUUUUAUUGUUGAAAAAUUGAAGAUUUUUGAGGAAUACUAGACCUCCUGCAUCUCGUAAUAAUGAAAAACUUAUCCAGAUCAUAUCUAUAAUCUGCUUAUAAACAAAAUAAUGAAAUUAAAAAUUUUUAUUGAAAAAAUACAGUAAAAAAAAAAAAUAAAUUAUGAAUAUUAAGGAAUCCUCCGUUUUAUUAAGAUUGGUUAAGAUUCCAUAAGUAAACUUGUUUGUAACUUGGAAUUGGAUGUUUGUAAUAAUAAUUGUUUCGUUCUUUUUUUUAAGGGGAAGAUAAGAUUUGAAGGUUGUACUGGGUUUUGCUUUGGAAUUGGAAAUUAUAUUUUUGAAAUAA